UUUAUAUUUAUACACAUCACCACCACUACCACUAGUCACAUUCUCUAUAUUAUUUUCCGGUCAACUAAAAAUUCAACUUUUCAACCUCACUAGUCACGGGCUAACCAUUUUGUUUCAACUUUGAAUAUGUCCAGUACGGCGUCGUAUUGGUGUUACAGAUGCACACGCGUCGUCAGACUAACGGCUGCUGAACACGCCGUUAUGUGUCCUCAUUGCAACGGAGAAUUCAUCGAAUCAGUGGAUCCUCACGUGCACUCUCACGUGACCUCACCACCAGAAUCUCGCCGGCGAUCAUCAAUUUACACGCGCGGCAGCAAUGAACCGUCAGAUAUCCGGUCCCGGAGAAACAGAGAGUACAGAUCUCCGUUUAAUCCGUACAUCGUUCUUCGCGGCGGCGGCGACGGCGACGGCGGCGGAGACGGAGGAUUUGCGGUGUACUACGACGACGGAACUGGCUCCGGACUGCAACCGUUGACGCCGGCGAUGACAGAGUUUCUGAUCGGUCCACAGUUCAACCGGUUGCUCGAUCAGUUAUCGCAGAUCGAGAUAAACAACGGAUUAGGUCAAACGGAACAUUCACCGGCGUCGAAAGCAGCGGUUGAAUCGAUGCCGGUGAUUCAGAUCUCGGAUGUACACGUCAGCACUGAAUUGCAGUGUGCCGUUUGCAUAGAAGCGUUCGAAAUCGGAGAUGACGCUCGUGAGAUGCCGUGUAAGCACAUCUAUCAUUCCGAUUGCAUUCUCCCGUGGCUAAAUGUUCGAAACUCGUGUCCUGUUUGCCGUUACGAACUCUCAACAGAUUCAACACCUUUUUCAACAGAUUAUUUAACAAAUUCGAACAAUCUAGAAGAAAACGAAGAAUCAUCAUCAUCAUUAACAAUAUGGAGGGUACCUGACGGUGGAUUUGCAGUAGGAAGGUUCGCCGGGCGGAGAGAGAUUCCGGUAGUGUACACGGAAAUGGACGGUGUAUCUGGUAACGGUUUAGGUUCGCGGAGGAGGAUUGUGUGGCGAUCUGGAAGAAAUAGGGGAGGAGGUGGUGGAAUUGGAGGAGUUUUUCGUAAUAUGUUCUCUUUUCUCCGGCGAAGAAGGUCGGAUUCUGAUUCGAAUGGUGGAUUGGUGAACAGAAGAUCCGGUUCGGUGUUUAGUGGAAUGAGAAGGUGAUGAAAGGGGAAUUUGGAUGAAUAAAACGGUUUGUCCAGAUGGUACACUUGAAGAACACCUCUUACAGAAAUUGAAAAUAUUAUUAUCAUUGAAAUGGAGAUUUGGCAUACGCCCAUCCAGAUGGAAGCAUGAAAUGCAAUUCAUAUUUCUCUGUUUUAUUUGGAAAUUUACUAAACUUAAAUUAUGAUAAAUCACAUAAAAUACCGUUUUACAACUAAUCGGAUAAAAGGUUCUGAUA